UUGACAUUUGUUAACCAGCCAUGUUGUACUUGUAAUAGAUGUCUUGUAAUUUUUCGUUGAUAGUUUUUUAUGAACUGCUUCUUAUUAUACGAAAUAUUGAAUGAAUGCUAAGAAUUGUGGUGCAUCUAAAUCUUGAAAGUGCAACAUAGGUUUUAUUGCGAGAAAAAGCCACGAGAUUAGGGUCACGAUAGCAAAUAAUAGCAUUACAAGAUGGCCAAGAAAAAGGUAAAAUCUAAACCGAAACAACCGCCGAAGUCAUCAAUUCCUGAGAAUUUAACUACAAAAGUACUAGCUGAAUCGUACAGUUCACCGUCUCCACCAGUUUUUAUGAAAGUUUGUCGACUGUGUGAAAGUAAAGAUGGACCUUUUUUGAAUAUUUUCGAUGCUGACAAAGUCACUGCUAAAAAGAUUGAGGAACUAAUGCCUUUUGGGAUUGCAGAAAAUGAUGAUCUCCCACACAAAAUAUGUUUCCGUUGCUCAGCAAAAUUAGAAGAACUAUAUGAAUUUAUACAAAAAUGUAUUAAAACACAAGAAAACUUACGGACUGAAUUGGGUAAGACAGGUCCUUUCAUUACUAAAGCCAAAACUGUAAAAGCAUGGGAAGAGAAGCUAAAUAAAAAUAAUAUGAGUAAUGAUGAUAUCUGCGAUGCUUUAAUAAAGAAAGCCAUGGCGGGUAUUAAAAAUAUACCUGUUAGUCCACCUGCAGAAGAAGUACCAAUCAAACGAGUUACCCGAAGAAGUGAAACAACUGUGGUCAAAACUGAAACAGUUUCAGACAAUGAAGAUGGUAAUAUUAGUCUUAAAGAUGUUAAGUCACAAAUGUUAAAGAAUAAAGAUAAAGUACCUGCAAGUAAACCAGCUAAAGCAGUUAGUAAUAAUGUAGAAUCAGCAGCAAAGCCUAGUAGUGUUAAAAAUCCUCAAAAAGAGGAAAAUCAGCCUGCUAAUAAACCCAAGAACAAUGCUCUAAUAAAUAACUUUAGUUUUGAUUAUGUGGGAGAAAAACCGCCAAGUGAGUCUGUUGAGAAAACACCCAAGAAGCCAGCUGAAAAACCAUUUAAUAUUAUGGAUUAUAUAAGCAUGAUAAAAGUGAAUGGAGUAGGUGUAUUAUUUCAAUGUAAAUUGUGCAAUAGAAACUUUUUAAAAAAAGAAGUAGUAGAAUCUCAUCAUUGUGCUAAAAAUGGAGUACCUAAAGUUGAAAUUCCUAAAACAGUGCCUGUGCAAGAAGCACCCAAAGUCUCGACAGUUAAAUACAUUACACUUGAUAAUACAAUGAAAAAAUCGCAGCCAUGGAAAUACAAUGAAAAUAGCAAUGGUUCUAGUACUGAUAGUGAGAAGUCUAGUAGAGAGGAGAAUAAACAACAAGAGCAGAGAGUUCAAUCUGCUCCAGUAGUAAAACCUAAGCCUAAAGCUGGACCUGCCAGCAAAACAAGACGUGUGGAAAAUGAUAAUGCUCAUCCAGGGCCAUCACAUAGUUCCGAUUCUCAACCACCACCAACAAAUGUUCAAACACCUUCAGUACACAUACCUAGCACACCAAACUUGAAUGGACGUUUUAAAUUGGUGCCAGGUCCAAACAACAUGUUUACCUUAGUAGAAGAUACAUCAGUUCCAGUAGUAGAAAAUCAUAAAAGUAAAAAGCGUAAAUCUGAAACAGAAUCAGAAAUAAAAACGAAGGAGCCUAAGCGAGGUAACCAUAAGUCAAAUAGCCCAGAUGUAAUAAAUCUAGAAGAAAAAUCAACACCAUACCCUGUUGGAUUAUUCCAAACAGUUGCCCAUUCUGGUCAAAUGUACCAACAACCGAUGGCAACCCCUACAGUUGCAUUUACAACACCAGCCAUGAAAAAGCAAUCUUACACAGUAGUGCAAACCGGAAAUCCCAGUAAACUGCUAAUAUCAACGAAAGCCCUAGCCCCACCUGUUGAAGUACCGAAAAAACGAGUAAGAAAAUCAAAACCUGAAGUUCAAGAGGAUGAUGAUUCCAAAGAGCCAUUUAAGGUAACAUUAGAAGAUGUUGCUCCACCUAAAGAUGCUGGCUUCUUCACAUUUAUCAAUGUAGACCCAUUGUUACAACCUUCAUAUGUUUUACCUACCGAUAAUAUAAUUCAAGAAUCCCAAAUCUCAACUUCUUCUGCUGUUCAAAAUGCCCCAGAAAACAAAGAAAGUAAAGACAAGGAUAAGUACUCCUGCAAUAUGUGUGGAGAAAGUUUUACAAGGGAAAAGAAGCUGUUAGCUCAUAUACAGUCACAUUAUUCAAAGAUGGAUGAAGAAGACCAGUUAAGGGCUGAAAAGGGGCCUAAGAAAAAGAGCAGGAAAUCAUAGCAGCUUCGUUGAGGACAGUGAGGAUUGAGGAUUGUAACUAUGUGAAAGUGUUGGUACUCGGCCAUUUAUGAAUUCAACUAAAGUGAACUGGGCAACAAGUUACUAGAGGUAUGUUGAUGUCAUCUGGAUGGUGAUCACUAUUUUGGCAAAGAAACUGAGUAACUGCAUCUCGAUAAAAUUAUCCUAGGAAUAAAUGUAGUAAGUGGUAGUACUGUAUUGCUUAUUAUUAAAAAUAUUCUUCCUGAACUGUGUGAACAAUUUAUAGCAAUGUUCAUAAUUUUAUUAUAUCAUUGUUAAAAUAUGAGAAAAGUCUGGGAAGGAUUUUGUUAUCAAAGAUUAUAUUGUAUGCUAGUGUUGCCAGAACUAUAAAGUCUGGUUGAAAAACUAUUGACAGUGCAUCUUUUAUAGCUGCACAGAUUAUAAGUUUUUUUGUUUAGCCUUAUAUAUUAUUAUUAUUUUUAAUUUUAUUGUUAGGCAUUUAAAUAUUAUAUUGUUAGUAUCAAUGUAUGAUAGGUCUACUGAAACAUAUACCUACUGCCAAGUUUUAAGGUACUUUAGGAUCAUAAAUAAUUGUUAUUUGUCUCAAGAUACUGUAGUAUCAUUCCAUUCCGUACAAUUUGUAUGGUGUAACAUUUAUUUAUUUGUAUAUAACUUGCUUAUGUUUUUAACAUUUGUCCCUCCCCCUCCUUUUCGUGCUGGCGUUGUAAAAGUUGACUAAUGACUAAGAGCGCCUUCACACUAGCGUUUGUCGAGUGUAGGCGUUCAAUAAACGUAUGCGCAGCGCAGACGCCGCAACUACUCGGCGCAGGCGUCGUGUUUUCGCAGCGUUUCCUUUGGAGUCAAUUAAACGCUGAGCUAACUUGACGUUAUUCUGCACUACGUUAGCCCAGCGUUGCGCUGCACAUAGGUUUAUCGAGCUCCUACACUGAACAUAUUCUAGUGUGAAUCAUAUCUCUCUAAUAUACAUUUGACAAGAGACUAUACUCGGAAUUUUAAUUCGAUUCCAGAUUUGACAAUUUCAGUGUUGCAACGUUAUGACAAGUACUGAA